AUGAUAAGAAAUAGUUGUAGUAGAUCAAUAAGAUUAUUAUUAAAUAAUAAUAAUAGUUAUCAAUGUAGAAAUAUUAGAAAUAUAGUUACUUUAUCUAGUAUGAAUAAUUCUAGAUCAAAUUUAACUUUAAAUAUCAGAAAUAAUAAUAAUCAUAAUGUUGAAUAUCAAAACAUUAGAAACUAUUGUAGUAAAUUAAAUGAUAAUAUUAAUACAGAUUCAACAACAACUCAGCAACAUCAACAAACAAAUAAUAAUAAUAAAGUAGAUGAAACUAUCGAUGAAUUCAAAGCAUUGAUUUUAGAUGGUGCUUUGAAGAAUGUAGCACUCUAUGGUUGGAGCGAAACCGCUAUCUCAAAGGCAUGCACUGACUUGGGAUACGAACCUACACUACACUCGAUGUUUGAAAAUGGUGGUUAUGAUCUUGCAUACUACUUUGUUACAAAGUGUAAUCGUCAGUUGAGCGAGAAACUCACACCAGAGAUUCUCAGUGCUCUAACUCAGCGUGAGCGUGUCAAACUAGCCAUCAAAAUGAGACUAUCAAUGAUCGCACCAUACAUCAACCGUUGGGCAGAAGCAAUGCAAGUUUUGGCUCAUCCAAGAAAUAUUAUAUCGUCAGCACCAUCGAUGGCUGGUCUUGUCGAUGAAAUAUGGCACUUGGUGGAUGAUAGAUCAACCGAUUUUGAAUGGUAUACAAAGAGAGGAUUGUUAGCUGCUUUAUACACUUCUUCAGAAUUAUAUAUGUUAAAUGAUACCACUCCAGAAUUUGUCAGUACAUGGCGUUUUGUUGAUGAUCGUGUUGAUGAUAUGAUCAAUGUAUUAAAGUUUAAGAAUGAUAUUGGACAAUCAGUAUCACUUACAGCAAAUAUGUUAUUAAACAAACUUAACAAGAAAUAA